GAAAUGGCUAGAAAUGGCAAAUCCGUAAAUCCAACGCCUUCUCAGGGAGAGAUGGUCACGGUGCUGAGCAUCGACGGUGGAGGUGUGAGGGGAAUAAUCCCUGGAACCAUCCUGGCCUUCCUCGAAUCCAAGCUACAGGAGCUGGACGGUGAGGAUGCGAGGAUCGCAGACUACUUCGAUAUGAUUGCAGGAACGAGCACAGGAGGAUUAGUGACCACCAUGCUUACAGCUCCAGACAACAACAACCGUCCGCUCUUUGCUGCCAAAGACAUCAGUGAAUUCUACCUAGAGAAUAGCCCGAAGAUUUUUCCUCAAAACAGAUCGGGGGUUUUGAGUUCUGUAAAGAGUUUGUUUGGUGCAAUCUCCGGGCCCAAGUAUAAUGGCAAGUUCCUACGUUCCAAAGUUCAACAACUACUGGGCCAGACCAGGAUCCAGGACGCUUUAACCAACAUCCUUAUUCCCACUUUUGAUAUCAAGCUUCUUCAGCCGUUCAUUUUCACUACCUACGAAGCAAGAACUGAUGUUUCAAAGAAUGCCCUUCUAUCGGAUAUCUGCAUUAGUACAACUGCCGCUCCGACGUAUCUUCCCGCUCAUUAUUUUGAAACUAAAGACACUCAGGGUAAAAUUCGAAGCUUCGAUCUCAUUGAUGGUGGAGUUGCUGCUAAUAAUCCAACAUUAAUGUCCAUUAGUCAUAUAAACAAGGAGAUUCAUGUGGAAAACAAGGAUUUCUUUCCAAUGAAGUCAAUCGACUGCCGCAAACUUCUGGUCAUCUCUUUGGGCACCGGUUCGGGCAAGCAAGAACAGAGAUACAGUGCGAAUAUUGCCUCCAAAUGGGGCGUGCUUGGAUGGUUGUACAAUGGUGGUAUGACACCUUUGAUCGACACUUUCAGCCACGCAAGUGCUGAUGUGGUUGAUAUCCACACCUCCAUUCUCUUCCAAGUUCUCCAUGCCGAAAAGAAUUACCUUCGCAUACAGGAGGACUCAUUGACUGGGGAUGCGUUAUCAACCGACAUUUCGACGAGGGAUAACUUAGAGAAUCUAGUAGAGAUUGGGAAGAAGCUUCUAAAGAAGCCAGUGUCAAGGGUGAACUUAGAAACAGGCUUGUCAGAAGAGGUGGAAGGAGAGGGAACCAACGAAGAUGCACUGGCUUGCUUUGCUAAGCUUCUCUCCAACGAACGCAAACUUAGGCUUGCCAAAAUUCCUUGUUCAUUGAAAAAUUGCCCCUCAAUUAUUGCUCAUCCUCAACUGAAGUCGCCACUCACUAUGUUUUAG